CUGGCCCGCGAUUCUUGUCAGGGUGUGCCUGCAUUCCAGCACCGGCGGGAAGUGCUCUCGCUUUUCCUCCAGCAGGUGUGUCUGUGCUCCCAGGCCGUCCCUGAGUGUCUCGUCCUCUCCUCGAAAGGCUUUUCGAUGAAAGCUGGACCGCCAUGCCGUACAGAUUUUUUUUCGGGUGGAAGCAAGUGCUAGACUUGUAGGCAUUUUUCUUAGCGGUUGAUCUCAUAUGCGCGGAGCGAAAGGAGCUACUACCUCUACAGCCACGAAGUCGAAAGCCCUCGGAGGUGGUGGGAGCUUUUCUUUGGUGUUGCAGUUCAAUUACCUUGCAGACAACGCCGUCUACCGCGUUGUUUUUGAUGCGUGGCGACGUGCUUUCAGCCCAGAAAGUAUCUGGGUCGCGUGUCCCUUUUCGAAGGAUGACAAGCACACAGCCACAGCCAAGGGCGAGCCAGGCAGCGCAUCGGUCAAGUGGCUGACGUAUCAGAGCGACCGUGGCUAUGUUUCGCCGUACAGAAAUUUAGCGAAAGUCAUCGCGAAGUCGCCAAAGAUAUGGCUGCGCCAAGCUUCGUGGCCGCGUGGUGCCUGAGGGCGCCCUCCUCCACUCGUGUGAAGUAUAGGGGGGGGGCGUCGUUGUGCGCUUCGGGUCUGUACUUGCAGCCCAGCAGUCUAGGUCCUGCCCGAAGGCCCUCGGCGCUGCUGGUUGGAAGUGCGAAGCGGGCGCCGCGUUUUCAUCUAGUUCCAAAAGGUUUUUAUACGUCCACGACGAUGCCCUCCUCGUGCGCUCCGUCCAGUUUGGCGAGCCUAAUAAAGGCCAGCCUGCAGUAGAUGGCUUCUUCGUGGGUAGUUUUUCCCUGGUCCCAACGGCUCGACUCCAUUCAAACGGCACGACCCAGGCGCACCAUAUGGACCGUUGGCCCUUCAGGGACGGCAGGCCAGUUUGGGCUUGGUGGGACGGCUGCGUCCGGUCGCUUGCGUCAGUUCUGCGCGACAAAGGUUUCUUGGAACUCUUCGCGAGCCGCCUCGGGUCGUUUGGGUCGAGCGACGUUUCUUCGAGUGGAGUGGGCCACUCGGCAAGCAUCUAUCUGGACAUUUUUUUGGGCCAAGCGGAUAUGUUGUUCGCGGAGCUUCGUGGUGAGAAGUUGCGAAGUGACUUCCUUAGUUUUCUACAAUUAUUGGCACGGAGUGGGGUCUUCCUGGAGUGCGCUAUUCCCACCGCAAUCGGCUUCGUUCAACGGCUGCACAAAAUCGAGCAUGUUCAAGUGAAGCUGUGCACAUCUUGGGCAGCCGACCGUGGCACGGAGGCCAUGCUCGACAACUGCCCGCAGGAAGCGCGUGCCUACCAUCCAUAUAAGGUCGGAACUGCGAGUGGCGAGGGCGCAAACGUGACUGAAAGGCUCGACACCUGGAGAAAGAAGUUCGACGAAAUGGCUGCGGGCAUUCUCUGACGCCGUAGUCGUGCGUGUACCAGGCUCGGUGUGGGGUUUGGUCUUGCCUGAUGGAUUCACUUCUCGACAUAGCAUCAUUCUACCCGCAGCCUGGCUCUUCGCUUUUCUGUAGAUUUCGUGGCACAUUGCCAGCGCACUUCUUGCAUGCUUGCCGGUGCUUUGCGUACGGCGAGCCUCUGGGCAUGCUGCGGCUUUGCCACCAGCUCAGCCAUCGAGCUGAAAACCCACUCCGGAGCCGUGCUCUUUGAAUGCGCAGAACCCCACGAAAGCAAUGGCGUAGCGGCUACCUGAAAGAGAAAAUGCUGCACCCGUGAGGCCGUCACCCCAGGAGCGUCCCAGGCCGCUGGCUUAGAGCUAGGCUCAGCCUGAAAGUUGAGAAAGACAGCGAUAGCAAAGCGGAACGGCCACGGCCUGCGCUUGCGUUGCCUUACCGUACGGCCGCGCCAAGUCUGGCCGGCGGCGCCGGCACGCCUGAACUGCUGGAGGCCAACGACUUAGGCGAGGGCUUUCCUCGUUGCACCGCCUGCGCCUUUUUUGAAGAAUGCAGCCAGUGGCAAGGCUUGGCGCACAGCCAUACACCCCGGCCAUCGCGUGUCUGUAGACCUUCGGCACCGUCCUCAUUCGCAGACAGGCAGCCGCCGAGGGAGACCUGGCUCGCCGUCCAUGGGGCCAGCCUCUGACGUGAAGGCCUGAACCGGG